AUGGUGCCUCCACCGCCAAAAUUCAAACCCACAAUCAUUCAGAUGAAAACAUCCUUCUCGCCGGUGAUUUCCAACACAAACUCCGUGUUUUCGAACGACUACGAGCUCUCACUGCUGUUUCCGGUGGACUAUGCGCCGCCAGCUUUGCCGAAGCCGUCUCCUCUCAUGGGUCCAAAAGGCUACGCUUCAUCCCCGCUUCUCUAUCCACUGGAUGAGGCACCGGCAGUGAAACGCAGAAGACGCUCGUCAAACUCCAUCAGUCCUACGGAAUUGGCCAAGAGAAAGCAAGAAAACAAAACGGCGCACUCGAUCAUUGAGAAGAAACGCAGGAUCAAAAUGAACCGCGAGUUUGAAGCGUUGAAAUUCUUGAUCCCAGCAUGUAGAGAGGCCAACCUGUUGCAGUCGCCGCCCAUGGGGGCCUCCAUCGCUAGUUCUGCUGCCUCUUCUAGCAACAACGGUAAGAUCGAUGGGAUGCACAAGCUUACUAUUUUGCAAGCUUCUGUCGAAUACAUUCUCUACCUCCACCGCAUCAUAGAGCUUCAGAACACCGAGUUGGCGACCCAGGCCCCCUCAGCGAACAAGUGGGAGCUGUUUGACAUCGGGUUCACACAGUUUGGACUCAAUAUCAACGAGUACCGGAAUAUCGAGCAGGACUUUGAUUUCCACCAGGCCAUGAAUCCACCGCCAUCCCGUAAACAGCCUUCACAGGUGGACCCGUUGAAGGAGAAGGAUAUUGUUAGAGACCCGUCGCUUAAGUAUAUCAGAAAGCGUUCUGCAUCGUCUAUUUCAUUCUCAGGUUCGUAUUCUGGAUUGGGCGCCGACCUUCAGCUUCCCAGUCCAGUCAUCACUCCCCAGAUGACACCAUACCGCAAUUCCACCAGCUUUGUAAAGCCUGUGGCUCCCCUGAAACCACUUUCCCUGUCCCCGAAACUUGAUCCGAAAUUAGUUGUGGUUCGCAGUCUGUCGCUUCCGGGAACACCGCUGGCCAACGCUCAGACACCACCAGUCCACCUGUUUACCCUCCCUGAUUCCGCUCUUGAGUCCUCCUUCAUCAUCUCUCUGUCAGUGUUAGACACGACCGAGAAGGGAAAAUCUCAUACGGGGAUCGUGCCUGCUAGAAACGGCUGUAUUUCCGAAGGAGGCUCACCAAUGAUGAAAGCUGUGAAAGGGAGCGACGAGGUGAAUGGGGCAGAAGUGGACGGGGCAGAAGUAUUGAUGAUGCUUCGAAGAACAAGCAACAUCAGUAGCUUAUUAAACUAG